AGUACGGAAAAAAACAUGUUUCAAGAACACACACAGCUGAGUUCAAUUUGCGGCGCCGCGGUUUCAGCCACAGCGGUUUUCUUCUUCAAAAUAUCUUCCACUACCGCCGCCACCACCACCACCACCAUGGGUCGUUUUUCAAGGUCCUCCUUUCUCUCUUCUUCCAGUUUCCAGCAGCUCCGUCGUCAGUUUUCGUCGGAGUCGCAGUCAGUGAAACGGGUGCGCAACAUAUGGAUCUCGGGGCUGAUCGACCCUGAAAAGGUGACCCAGAGAGAGAGGUCGUUGUUAUAUGAGGGUGAUAUAGAAGAGAUGCACCGUGUUAGGAGAAGAAAUGAGAUGUAUCAUAAGGAGAUUGAAGAAAGUAGUAGAAAAGAGUACAUUCAGAGUAAGUGGAAUAAAAAUAUCCGGGCAGGUGUCACUUUCUUUAACUGGAAACACCAUAAGAUUAACAUAAUUCACACACCUGGUCGUGUUGAUGAUUUCACCGUUGAGGUUGAGACUGCUUUGCGUGCAUUUGACGGCGGUGCCAUUGAUGUUCUUUGUGGUGUCAAUGGGGUGCAAAGCCACUCCAUUGCUGUUGAUAAGGAAAUGAUAAGAUACCAACUUCCAAGACUUAUAUUUAUAAACAACCUUGACCACAAGGGAGCAAAUCCAUGGCAAGUUUUAAAUCAGGAAAGAUCUAAGCUUCAACAUCAUUGUGCUGCAAUCCAAGUUCCAAUAGGCUUGGAAGAUGAUCUUAAGGGACUUGUUGAUCUUGUGCACUUAAAGGCCUACUAUUUUCAUGGUUCAAAUGGAGAAAAGGUUUUCGUUGAGGAAGUUCCUGCACAUAUGGAAGCCUCGGUGUCUGAAAAAAGACAGGAACUCAUAGAAACCGUGUCAGAGGUGGAUGAUAAACUUGCUGAAGCUCUUUCCAGUGACAGACUUAUAUCAGGAGCUGAACUUGAGGAAGCAGUUCGUAGGGUCACCAUAGCACGGAAAUUUAUACCAGUAUUCAUGGGUGGCUAUGCUUUCAAAUAUAAGGGGCUACAACUACUUUUGGAUGGUGUAACUAAUUAUUUGCCCUGUCCAACUGAAGUUAGUAAUUAUUCUCUCGACAAAUCUAAGAAUGGGGAAAAGGAUAUACUUGUGGCAUUGGCUUUCACAUUGAAGGAGAGGGUUGGUCAAAUAACAUAUCUAAGAAUCUAUGAAGGUGUCAUUCGGAAGGGAGAUUUUAUUACAGACCUUAACUUUGGCAAGACGUUUGAGGUUCCUCAUUUGAUUGGGUUGCGUAAUGAUGAGGUGGAGCUGCAGGUUCCUCGUUCGAUUGAAGUGCGUAAAGAUGAUAUGGGGGUUCCUUAUUUGAUCGGGGUGCGUAAUUAUGAUAAGACCGGGGAGAGUCAAGAGGUUCAAGAGGCUCAUGCUGGAGAAAUAGUCAUGGUACAUGAUGUCAAUAAUGCAUCAGGAGAUACUUUUACUGAUGGUUUAGUAAGAUAUACAAGGACUUCUAUUGAUGUUUCUGUGUAGGCCUUAAAGAUUCUGGAAUGCAAGCUUUGCAGCUAACGUUGGAGUUUGGUGUUGAAUUGGCCGAGAAAUUUGGGGGAGGCACUCAAAACAAGAGAUUGGGAGUGAGAUUGAAGAAAUAUACUAAUUCUAGUAGAAAUGCUUCAGAUAUUCAAAAGUAUGAAAAAAAAGCAAUUGACAGUGUUUAUAAGGAAAUUUGUUAUUUACAAAUGACCAUAAUGGUUUGAUUUUGCAUCGAUAUGAAAGCGAUGGAAGCAAAGAUAUAGCAAUCAUAAGCUCGCAAAAUAUUCGCCUCAGGGCAAAGUCGGAAGAAGUAUGCAAAAAAAAGCAAUUGACAAUAUUCGUAAGGAAUUUUGCAAUUUACAAAUGACCAUAAUGUUCCCUAUUUUGUAUCAUUGGGAAAAGGAUGGAAGUAAAGAUCUGACAAACUUGACCCACAAAUCACUUGAGCACAAAAUCAUUGUCUGACCCGGCAAGUGUUUUUCAUACUUUUUAGCUUCUGCAGCAAGUUUCGCAUGUCUAUAGUGGUGACUCUCUCUGCUAUGUCGUCCAAGACUUGUUUCUACAGUGUAAGAAGUUUUAAUAUGUAAAGUGGAGUAGACAGCUUGAAUUUAACAUGUAAUCAAAGAAAUAUAAAAGAAGUUUUAAUACUA